AUGACGCCAGGAUUCUGUUUCCGCCUCGGCCACGGCCACGGCCACGGCCACGGCUACGGCCACGGCUACGGCCACCGGUACGGACGUUCUCUGGGGCACGGUUACCGUUACGGACACCGACACGGACGGUCCGUGAACUACGGCUACGCCAGCCACGGCUACGGUCAUGGUCACCACUACUACGGUCACCACCGCUACGGCCGCUCGGCUCCCUACAGCCACCCUGGCUACGGCUACGGCUACAGCCAUGGCUACGGCUACCUUCACCACCGCCACGCCCGCUCGGCUUCCUACGGCUACUGA